AUGAUAAUCUCGAGGAUAUUUUAUUUGUUAAAUAUUUUAUUUGCUAUCAAUUUAUUGAAACCAUGCUUCUGUUUUAUAAAUAAAAAAAUUUAUAAAGAUAUAAAUGAAGUUCAUAAUAUUGAUGCGCCUAUAGAGAAAAAAAAUAAUAAAAAAAAAAAAAUUUUAAUUUCUUGUGGAGUUGCAGCAACUUUUCUUUUAGCAGCAGGUUUAUUAGGAGGAGGGUUGUAUUUGACCAGAGAUAAGCGUAAAUCUUUAUGGGACAAUGACAAAUUAGGAAACGAUGCUCUUGACAUUAUUUUUAGUAGCAUACUAGAAGGAGUUAAUGAUAUAAAUAAAAUACCCAGUAAAGAAAAAAAAGAUUUAAGUAAAAUAAUUACAAGAGGAUAUAUUAAAAAUAUGAUGAAAGAACAAAUUAAUAAUAAUGAAGUCAUGUUUUCUGAAACUCAGAAAAGAGAAUUAUAUAGUUUUGUUCCCCAAAUUCAAUAUGUCGUAAAGAGCAUAUUAGAAAGUCAAAUGCCAACAUAUGAUAUCCGAAAGAUCCCACCGGGAAAUCAUAUAUUAUUUGACCAUUAA